UCAUGGGAGAGUUAUCGACAGGAAAUCGGUACUGGUGACUGAUCACGCGUGAAUUUUUUUCCGAUACACAUGUUGUGACUAGUCGGUCGUUAUGGAUACGUUUUCUACAGACUAUCGUAUGGUUUAUGGAAUCCCUUGUCACUCGCCUUCCGGUUCUCCUCAAAGGAGCUACGAAUUCUUUUCACUCUUUUUAUCAUCACCAGUGGAUUAGAAUUACUCUAAAAAAACAGUACAUGCAGCUCCAAGAUACCAAAAGAUGUUCUUGAACAGACCACAGAGCGCAACAACCAGGCAAGAAACUGAGAUGAUCAAUAAGGCCCAACGGGCCCUGUAUAACACCACGGACUCCAUAGAGAAACUUCGUUUGCUCUGUCUGGCCAGAGGUGCCAAUGGCAUCCUAGGGUUGGGCAGAGCUUUUCGUCGUAUGGACGAUGACGGAAACAAGAAGUUGAACCUAGAUGAAUUCACCAGAGGCCUUCAAGAAAGUGGUCUGGAACUUCCAGAAGAGGAUAUCCAAAAUAUGUUCACGAAAUUCGACACAGACAACGAUGGGAACAUCAGCGUCGACGAAUUCAUCGCUGGCAUAAGACCGCCGAUGUCUCAAAAUCGCAGGAAUGUGGUGGAUCAAGCCUUUAAAAAACUGGAUAAAACCGGCGAUGGAGUGAUCACGAUCGAAGAUUUGAAAGGAGUUUACAAUGUCAAGUGCCAUCCCCGUUAUAUCAGCGGUGAAGAAAGCGAGGACAGUAUUCUGAAUAAGUUUCUGGCGAACUUUGAGCAAAAUAACACCAGAGAUGGCACUGUCACUGAAGAAGAAUUUAUGAACUAUUACAGCGCCAUCAGUGCAAGCAUCGAUCAUGACGCCUAUUUCGAUUUAAUGAUGCGAAAUGCAUAUAAACUCUGAAUCUUUACACAGUCCUGCAACAAGGUGUUCCUUCAGUUCUAUUUAUAUUGGUUUUAAAUUUACGACUGUCGUGCUUAAUGUCGACCUUUAAAGUAUUCGCGCAACUGGUAGUGGCUAAUGAAAAAUUUAUGCGCAAACCCCUAGACAAUUUGCGGAAUAUAGCAAACUGACUUAUGUAAUAAUUCAUGGUUACUAGCUUCGCCUACCGGCCGAUUUUCACCCAAUGCAAUUAAUUGAUGACUAAGGUGUCCCAUUAAAAAGCCAGCAAAAUAAUCCGUUAAUCUUCAUAUCUAUAACACUACAGUGUUUCUCAAUCUAAUCUAAAAAUGUUUUUCGUGAUUCUAUUGUAUAUAAAUUUAAUCAAUGUUAAUUAAUGUUCGUAAUAAACAGAGAAAGUAUUUAUACGUUUAAACAUUUA